AUGACCAAAAAGCGAUCCCGUGCGUCCUCGAUAGCAUCCAACGAAAUGAACUCCAACAAUCACACUCCCAUGUCUCACGAAGCCGGUGGAAGCAGUGGGGCAGGAGCUUCUUACAGCCGCGCUGCAUCCGCGCUUCCCGCAUCCGGCCCUCUCGUACACGCAUCUCAGGAUCUCGAUGACUUCCAAGCUUCUUUCUGGCGCUACCAAAUGGAUCUGGUCGAACAAGGCGGUGAUGCAGAUGGAAAUAUCGUCGACUUCAAAUCCGGCCUCCCCACACAGGGUCAGCUUCCUUUGGCGCGGAUCAAGAAGGUCAUGAAGUCAGAUGAUCAGGUCAAGAUGAUCUCUGCUGAAGCGCCUAUCCUUUUUGCUAGGGCUUGUGAGAUCUUCAUCUCGGACUUGACGUGUCGUGCGUUCUUGAUUGCGGAAGAGCACAAGAGGAGGACAAUUCAGAGGUCGGAUAUUGCUGGUGCCAUUGGAAGGUCGGAUCUGUUCGAUUUCUUGAUUGACUUUGUGCCAAGGCAUGAGAGUGUACCGAGUAGUAGGUUGCCUGGUGGUGGAACUGCGAAACGAGAGAAGACGGGUGAGGGGAAAGGCCUUGGUCGAUCCAACGCCGGCGCCAGUGGUAGCAGGAGACAACAUCAGCCUGCAACAGAGGAAGAGGGCGACGCAUCGCGUGGCGACCACCUCUUCCACGCGAUACCGGGCUCUUAUGGCGAUGCUGGAGAGACAUCUGCAACAGGUGGUGCGGACUCGUUCAAUGUCCCACACACUGCCGGCGAAGCAGGCAACAGCAACAGCAGUAUGGCACACUGGAUCCAUGACACUUCGGCAGACGAACACUCUUCACAGCCAGACAUCUCGACGCAUCCACACAACGCGCAUCACUCGCAUCACCAUUCGCAUCACGGAGGCCACAACUCGCACGAUCACCAACAUCACCACGACAGCUCUGCUCAUUACCACUCAUCCGCACAUCACAGCGGUCAUCACUCACAUCAACACUCUCUCAUGGACUACGUCGCAUCUAAUGCCGGUACACCGAACAGCAUCGGUGCAGGAAGUGCGAGCGGCGGGGCUUGGUCACAUACCUUCUCUGGCUUCUCUUGA